AUGCCAAGCUUAUGGCGCAGAGAUCAACAGUUAAUAGCCUUCUAUCCGAUGGCUUGCGCAGUACUGCCGGCGCUUCGUGGAGAGCACUUCACCCCAAAAGCUGGUUCCAAAUUGGAACUUCCAAUUGCAAUUGGAAGUCAUAGCAAUUUGCUACAGUACCGAAUGACUGGAACCGGACAAAAACCAUGCAAGAAGGCGCAGCUUGUCCACUUGAGCAGCUCAGCUCAUCCAGAUGCUCCUGGCUACGGCAUGUGGCUUCUCAAGCUGGGGGUGUCGGCUAGGGCUGUCCGAGUAUCGCACCCACCACGCUCAAACUACAGGGAAUCUAAGUGA